UGGUUGUUUCUGUAAUCAAUCUUUCAUUCCAGGAGGAGUAUAGACCGCCGAGAUGGUUAAUGUAUUUGCAGCAGUGCUUCUUGCCUUCGUGACCCAGGCUGCAAGCCAGGGGUAUGACACUCAUGUCCCAUACGUGCAAGCUCAGGUUGUUCCUGUCACUGUUACGGAAACUAUUACGGGGACUCAAACUAUUCGAGUUCCAGUAACUUCUGAUGUCUGGGUUAGUGAAAUUGUCACUUCACCAGUCUAUGCCACUCAACUGGUGACUGAGUACUCCUGGGUCCCCGUUGACAGUGUUACUAGAACAACGCUGAUGACUGUCACUACCACGCCGGUGUCCAUGGUCAGUCAAACAAGUUACGUAAACCCCACACGGACGGUUGUCUCCGUUCACACUAUUUUCUCAACUGAAACUGCAAGGAAGGAUCUAUACCACACGGUCACGCAUGUUGCUCUUCAUCACGAGAUAGAAACUGUUCCAGUGUCAUCGGUCCAAACGCUAGUACAGCGUAUCACAACCACUACACUCAGUAUCAGAACUGUGAUUGUCACUUCUACCACAAGAGGAUAUCAUUGAAGAUGGGGUGAAAUAUUCAUAUUAAUGUAAUGAAUUAAGAAGCAAUUAUAUUAUUAAAAAACUG